AUGGCGCUCAACUGCUCGAUGAUCACGCCGACGAACGAGCCAGUACGACUACCAGGGGAAAAGAUCUUCAUCAGCGUCAAGGCGGUCACCAUCCAUCUCAAUCCCACGACGCCCGGCGCAGGCACGACCAGCGAAACACCCCUCUCGCCCACCUCAGCCAUCCCGGUAUCAGCGGAGGACCCGAAACAGAAGGGGAAGCUGUCGCUGAGCGGGAUCCUGUCUGCGAUCGCCCUCAGCCCGCCCGAUGACGGCUCGGCACACGGCACGGUCUACGUGACCAACCAGCGCAUCCUGUUCAUAGCCGACGACGCCGCCAGCCAGCCCGAUCCCCCUCCUCAUCCUUCUCCGCCUCCCGCUCACCCAAACCAGCCAGACCACCAGCAUCCCUCGCGUCUUCUGCCCAAGAUCAACACGCUCACCGUCCCGCUCAGGAACUCCUUCGACGGCCGCUUCGUCCAGCCAUGGCUCUCCGCCAACUACCAUCUCUCCACCUUCGUCCCCGUCCCCAACGGCAACCUCCCCCCUCCCCCCUCAACCGCCACCGCCCCUCACGCCGCGCUCGACUCCUUCACCCUCAAAAUCAUCUUCAACGAGGGCCACGGAUUCGAGUUCACUGAGGCCUUGGAAGAGGUCAAAAGGAUCAUGUUCCAGAGCGACAGCCAACGGCCCGCCGAACUCGAAGAACUGCCCACAUAUUCGCCCCCGAUGAGUCUCUCCGUCCCAUUAGCCGGCGAAGGCGGGCCGAGCAGCAGUCUUCAGCCGGGGGACAGUUCGGCGAUGACGGGGACAGAAGCAGCCGAUGCGCUGCCGCCGCCGAUCGACGACUUUGGGCCGGGGGCGAGGAGAGACACGCUCCCGGAGGCCGACCUCAUGCUCGCCGCCUCCAUCGCCUCUCACCAGGAACACCACGAACAGAUGCCCAUCACGCAUCUCCCGCCCAAUCCUGAGAUCACCGAUCUUGCCCCCCCUGACCUCCCCGUCGUCCCUCCUCCUCCAAGCGACGCCCCCCCUGGAUACGAACCCUGA